UAAAAACUCGCCGAAGGAUCUAGAAAACUCUGAAGACGACGCCGUUCUGAAGAGAAGUUGAAAACGGUUCUCCAUCAACGACGAUUCUGAACUAGGAUAAAUUUCCGGCCAGAAGGUUUCUCCUAAGAAUAUCUUAGCUUCUGAUAAAAGAUGGAUGAAGAAGAUCAAACUAUGCCAGAGCACACAGGGCCGGUGCUGGAAGGAAUAGCAUCCCUAGCCCUGUUGCCUUGUGGGUCAAUCUCUGGCCACUUCAUUUCGCUUCCAGAUUCCAUCUGCUAUGGCAUCCAUGGAACUCAGCUGUCGUGCGAAAGGGAAUGCAGUAGGGGUGAGGAUUAUCGUUUGAUAAAACUGACAAUCAUGGAUUUUGUUAGCAAAAAAGAAAGAAAUGUGGUUGUGGAAUGUAAAGGGCACGAUGCAGCACGAAUCAGUAGCAUUGAUUGUGCUCAUGGAUGGGAGAAGGAUGUUGUUGGUAUGGUUGAGAAGGAGAAUAAAAAGCAAAAGAUCUUGGCUUCUUUUGAAUGUGAAACUUUGAAAGCUGAUAAAGCAGCGGAAGAACAUAUUAUACAGUUCAUGCCCAAAUUGGCUGGGAUGGAUGCUGUUGUUAACAUAGGCCAGAUGAGAAUUUCAGGCUUAAAUUUUGAAGCAGAAGCAGAGAACUGAGCAAUCAUGGAUGAUGGAGACAAGAAAAAGUGAAAGAAAGUUGCAAGAUCAAUCUAUUUCUAAACAGCUAUGUUUUGUUCCCAAAGAUAUUCUAUGGGAGUUUUUGUUGAGGAAUCGUGCUCUAUAAAAGUUUUAUAGGUCUAUGAAUACGUCAAAAUGGAGAUUUUUGCGCAAAAUUAUGUUGAUCGAAAUUCAAAUGUGAUAGAUCCGUGGACAUAUUGAUCUUGAU